AUGAAUGAAGUCAAAGGCUACAGCAAGCCAAGUCAUGGCCUCUUUCGCUUCAUACCAGAUGCAUGGGUUCCAUACGCCGAACUCAUGCGCCUCGACCGUCAGGCAGGGUUUUGGGCCUUCUACUGGCACUACUUGAUAGGACUUGGUUUUGCCAUCAAUAUCCGCCCAUUCUCCAGCGAUCUUGAUCUGGAAGAUCUUUUGCUCCUUGCAGCGUACUUGGCACUAUGGGCUACCGUCUUCCGCGGCAUUACCUGCACAUGGAACGACAACCUAGAUCAGGACUUUGAUCGCCAGGUCGCUCGCUGCCGAGUCAGGCCCAUCCCACGGGGUGCCGUCACGACGCUCCAGGCGCAUAUCUUCACCGCCGUACAGAUUGCCGUUGGAGCCUGCAUCUUGUACCCCUUCGGCAGUUCGACGUUGAUUCACGCCACCGUCGACGGCGUUCUCUUGUUCAUCUACCCCUUCCUAAAGCGCUGCACAAACUACCCCCAAGUCGAGCUGGGAUUUGGACUGUCUUAUGCCAUCUUUCUGGUGACUGCGAUGGUCGGGAAGGAUCCGUUGGCGCCUCUGUUGGACCCGUCGUUGGAUCUCUCAGCCCGCGUGUCCAAGGUCGUCGAAGCACCACUGGCCCAGUCAGCGGCAUAUCUAUACAUCGCUGGGAUUAUCUGGACUGUCAUCUUUGACACCAUUUACGCUCAUCAGGAUUACCUCGAUGACCUGAAAGCUGGUGUUAAAGGACUCGCCGUACGCCUUGGAAGGAAGGGAACGAAGCCAGCCUGCUACAUAGCGGGUGCCGUUCAGGUCUACUUUCUAGUAUUGACGGGCCAACUGGCAGGGUUUGGCGCAGCAUACUACGCUAUAUCGUGUGGCGUAACUGCUCUACUGUUAGCAAGGAUGAUUUGGGUUGUUGAUUUGGAAGAUGGCGACAGUUGCGCUUGGGCGUUUGGUCCUGGAAGUGGUUAUGUGGGCACCGCAAUCUGCGCUGGGCUUUUCGCCGACUUCUUUUCGAAGAAGUACGGAUACUAA